AGGCGAACCUUUCCUCGGCGAGCUGACCAUCCUCGUAUUUUACAUUGGUCGAACACGAAAAUUUCCGCUGUCUGCUCUUAGUUGCUCGUCGUCUUCAUCGUCGUGCGCCUGCUCUGCCGUCUUGUCCCAGCUUUGUUCGUUGCGAGCAGCAGUAGCAGAUCUUUCUCAAACAUCGCACAAAUUCUAUGGCCCCUGCGGUUGGUCAUACGGAACUCCCCCUCGUCGCAGAUACCGUUUCCGAAGACUUCAUCGAUGGAUUCAACGCUGUUGAGCGUGAUCCCGACUCGUGGGCCGGUGCUAUGCCCGCCAACCAAGGUCUUUACCUGAACGAUAACGAAAAGGAUGCUUGCGGAGUAGGGUUUAUCUGUCAUAUCAAAGGUGGUCAGAGCCACAAGAUUGUCUCCGAUGCGCGCCAACUACUUUGCGCGUUAACUCACAGAGGUGCUACGGGUGCGGACAGCCGUGACGGAGAUGGCGCAGGCGUCAUGACAGGCAUCCCACACGAUUUCUUCAAGCGGGAGGCUGAAAGGGAACUCGGUGCAACCCUCCCAGAAGUAGGCGAGUAUGCGGUCGGCAACGUGUUUUUUAAACGCAACGAUCCUGUCGAACUCCAGAAGCAGCAAACCGUAUUCUCCAAGCUGGCCAUUGAGCUUGGGCUGCGAGUGCUCGGCUGGCGAGAAGUCCCUACCGAUGGAACUAUCCUCGGACCCGCAGCGAGCAGCAAGGAACCCGCUAUCUUUCAACCUUUCGUCGUCCUCCGUUCGCAUUAUGGCGAUGGUGCUGCCAGUCAGGGCGGCUCCUUCGACGCGAAGUAUUUUGAACGUCAAUUGUAUAUCCUUCGCAAGCACGCGACACAUAGCAUUACUCUCGCGAAGGGCUUCUAUGUAUGCUCAUUAUCCUCCAAGAACAUCGUGUACAAGGGCCAGUUAUCCCCCCCGCAAGUGUACAAUUACUACCACGACCUGAAUCACGUCUUAUACCGAUCGCAUUUCACUCUUGUACAUUCUCGAUUCUCCACGAACACGUUCCCUAGCUGGGACCGCGCACAGCCCAUGAGAUGGGCUGCCCAUAACGGCGAGAUCAAUACCGUGAGGGGAAAUAAAAAUUGGAUGCGCGCUCGCGAAGGGGUACUUGCGUCGUCGUUGUUUGGCGAUCAACUAGACUUGCUGUACCCCAUCAUCGAGGCUGGCGGCUCUGAUUCCGCUGCCUUUGACAACGUGCUCGAGUUGCUCGUUGUGAAUGGUGUUUUGACGUUACCUGAGGCCGUCAUGAUGCUGAUUCCUGAAGCAUGGCAAGGCAAUCAAAAUAUGGAGCCGGAGAAGCGCGCAUUCUAUAAUUGGGCGGCAUGUUUGCAAGAACCUUGGGACGGUCCAGCACUCUUCACGUUCAGCGAUGGGCGGUACUGUGGUGCUAACCUCGACAGAAACGGUCUGAGACCUUGUCGAUAUGUAGUCACCAACGAAGAUAUUAUGGUCUGUGCUUCAGAAGUCGGAGCGAUCUUCAUCCCUCCCGAGAAGGUCGUCUCCAAGGGUCGUCUGAAGCCGGGUCGUAUGCUUCUCGUUGAUACUUUGGAAGGGCGCAUAGUCGACGAUAGGGAGUUGAAGCACGCAACUGCUAGCAAGCAGAACUUCGCAUCGUGGAUCGAGACGCACGUGCUCCAGGUACCAAACAUCGUCAAGCGUGUUGAGCGUUCUGUAAAUAUCAAGGCUAAGCCGGACGACUAUUCACUCAGCGAGGAUCCCAAGUUACAGGCCUUCGGUUACACGGUCGAACAGCUGAACCUGCUGAUGCUGCCUAUGGUGGCAGAUGGGAAAGAACCACUUGGUUCCAUGGGCAACGACGCGGCGCUUGCUUGCAUGGCGACUCAGCCUCGGCUCAUCUAUGAUUAUUUCUGUCAGCUCUUUGCACAGGUCACCAACCCUCCUAUUGAUCCUAUCCGGGAGGCGAUCGUCAUGUCCUUGGAAGCAUAUGUGGGCCCAGAGGGUAACCUUCUGGAGAUGAAGGCGGAGCAGUGCCAUCGUAUCCUUCUGCCUUCUCCUAUUAUUUCCAUCGAGGAGAUGAAUGCCAUGAAGAAUCUGAAGGUCGCCUAUUCCCGGUGGCCCUCACGAACCAUCGAUAUCACAUUCCCGAAGGAGGAAGGUCUUCCGGGGUAUAAGCUUGCACUCGACCGGGUCUGUAGCGAAGCUGCCCAAGCUAUCGAAGACGGCGUCAAGGUCAUCAUUCUCUCCGACCGCGACACGGGGCCGACACGUGUCCCAUUGUCAGCUCUCAUUGCUUGCGGAGGUGUCCAUCACUACCUUGUCUCGCAAAAGAAGCGUGCCAAAGUUGCCCUCAUGGUGGACACUGCCGAGGCUCGCGAAGUUCACCAUCUCUGCGUCCUCGUGGGGUAUGGCGCGGACGCGAUUUGUCCAUGGCUAAUGAUGGAAGCUAUCCACAAAAUUGAGCGCGAGGGAUUGACCAAAGACGAUAAGACCGUUGAUGACCUCAUUGACAAUUAUCGCAAGUCGGUCGAUAAUGGUAUCCUCAAGGUGAUGUCCAAAAUGGGCAUCUCGACCCUACAGUCGUAUAAGGGAGCGCAGAUCUUUGAAGCACUUGGCCUUCAUACCGAGGUCGUUGAGCGGUGCUUCACUGGUACCGCCAGUCGUGUCCAGGGUGCCACGUUCGAUCUCCUUGCUCUCGAUGCAUUUGAACUCCAUGAGCGUGGCUGGCCUAGCCGGGAGACUAUCAUUCCUCCAGGUAUGCCGGAGUCCGGAGAGUAUCACUGGCGCGACGGCGGGGAGCCUCACGUGAACGACCCCGCUGGCAUUGCGAACCUCCAGGAUGCUGUGAGGGAGAAGAACCAGUCGGCAUUCGACGCGUAUACGAAGAAUGCUAACGAGCAGGCCAGAAAGAUCCAUUUGCGUGGUCUGCUUGAAUUCCGUUACGAGAAUGCGACACCGAUCCCUAUUGAUCAAGUCGAGCCAUGGAAUGAGAUUGUCAGAAGGUUUGUGACGGGGGGCAUGUCGUAUGGUUCCAUUUCGAUGGAAGCCCAUUCGGCUCUUGCUGUCGCCAUGAACCGACUUGGUGGCAAAUCUAACACGGGCGAAGGGGGUGAGGAUGCAGAACGGUCCAACAUCAUGCCUAAUGGUGAUACUAUGAGGUCUGCGAUCAAACAAGUUGCCUCUGGACGCUUUGGUGUCACCUCCAAUUAUCUGUCGGAUGCGGACGAAUUGCAGAUCAAGAUGGCCCAAGGUGCUAAACCCGGCGAGGGAGGAGAAUUGCCUGGACACAAAGUCUCCGGAUCCAUCGCUCGCACUCGUCAUUCCACCGCCGGAGUCGGACUCAUCUCACCCCCUCCGCAUCACGACAUCUACUCCAUCGAAGAUUUGAAGCAAUUGAUCUAUGACCUCAAGUGUUCAAACCCACGUGCCCGCGUCUCAGUGAAGCUGGUAUCCGAGGUUGGGGUUGGUAUCGUAGCCAGCGGCGUGGCCAAGGCCAAGGCUGAUCACAUCCUCAUCGCUGGUCACGACGGUGGUACUGGUGCGUCUAGAUGGACCGGUAUCAAGCACGCAGGCCUUCCAUGGGAGCUUGGUCUGGCUGAGACUCAUCAGACCCUUGUCCUGAAUGACUUGCGCGGUCGAGUAACCGUGCAAACAGAUGGUCAACUACGUACGGGUCGCGACAUUGCUAUAGCGUGUCUUCUCGGUGCUGAGGAAUGGGGAUUCGCGACGACACCCCUCAUCGCUAUGGGUUGCAUCAUGAUGAGGAAGUGUCAUCUGAACACUUGUCCAGUCGGCAUUGCAACACAGGAUCCUCAACUGCGAGCCAAGUUUGCAGGUCAACCGGAGCAGGUCAUUAACUUUUUCUAUUACCUUGCCGAAGAUCUCCGGUCAUACAUGGCUAAGCUUGGCUUCCGCACCAUCAAUGAAAUGGUUGGACGAGCCGACAUGCUCAAGCUGGAUGAGAAACUCAGGACGCCCAAGACAGCUCACUUAGAUCUCUCCGCUAUCUUGAAACCCGCUUGGCAAAUGCGUCCUGGCGCCGCUACCUAUCGUGUUCGGCAACAGGAUCAUAAACUGUACAUCCGGUUGGACAACAAGUUCAUCGACGAGGCGGAGCCAGCCUUGACUAAGGGCUUGCCCGUCCACAUCGAGUGUGAUGUAACGAACACUGAUCGUGCCCUCGGAACUUCGUUAUCCUAUCGGGUCUCGAAACUGUAUGGAGAGGAAGGGCUGCCGAAGGACACCAUUCACAUCAGGAUGCAAGGCUCUGCCGGUCAGUCUCUUGGUGCCUUCCUGGCGCCUGGCAUCACGCUUGAACUGGAAGGCGACGCCAACGACUAUGUUGGCAAGGGUCUCUCUGGUGGUCGGUUGAUAGUAUACCCUCCCAAGCAGUCGACGUUCAAAGCCGAAGAGAACAUCAUCGUCGGAAAUGUUUGCUUGUACGGCGCGACGUCGGGAGAAGCCUUCAUCCGCGGUAUCGCUGCGGAGCGUUUCGCUGUUCGUAAUUCCGGUGCUCAUGCUGUGGUAGAAGGCACCGGCGACCAUGGUUGUGAAUACAUGACUGGCGGAAGGGUCGUUGUCUUGGGUACAACCGGGCGUAACUUCGCAGCUGGUAUGAGCGGCGGUAUUGCCUACGUUUUGGACAUGGCACACACUUUCGCUACCAAGGUGAAUAUGGAGAUGGUUGAACUCGGGAAGGUCACCGACCCCAAGGAAAUCGCGGAGUUGAGAAGCCUGAUCGAAGACCACCGCCACUACACCGGGUCAGAAGUAGCUGAUCGCGUGCUGCGUGACUUCCACCAUCUCCUUGCCAUGUUUGUUCGCGUCAUGCCCUUGGACUACAAGCGAGUACUGGAUGAACAGGAGCGCCAGAGAUUGGAGGAGAGAGCACGGCUGAGCGUCGUGGAUUUGAUCCCGUCCCGAACGGCUAGUCAGGUUGAUUUGGCCUCGGAAGGCAUGGAGGACAUCCUCCUACCUCGGACUCCUUUCUCUCGCACCGCAUCUCACACACCGGCGCUGACUCCCAUUCGAGGCCGGAGUCACGAACCUUCCGUCGGUGAUCUCGAAGAUUCCAUGGUUGACGACCACACCACGAAGCAGCGGAUGCUGAAGCUUGAUAAGACUCGCGGCUUUAUGAAGUACAAGCGCCUCCAUGAACCAUACCGCCCUCCUCGCAAGCGGGUGAAGGACUGGAAGGAGCUGUCUGUUCGUCUCACGGAUAACGAGCUGAAGUACCAGUCUGCUCGCUGCAUGGACUGUGGUGUGCCUUUCUGCCAGUCGGAUACUGGUUGCCCUGUCUCGAACAUCAUUCCCAAGUGGAACGACUUGGUGUUCAGAGGUCAAUGGCAAGAUGCACUCAACAGGCUGCUCCUGACGAAUAACUUCCCUGAAUUCACUGGACGUGUCUGUCCCGCUCCGUGCGAGGGCGCGUGCGUCCUCGGGAUCAACGAAGCUCCCGUCGGUAUCAAGAGCAUUGAAUGCGCGAUCAUUGACAAGGGCUUUGAGAUGGGUUGGAUGACGCCGAAGAUCCCGACUUUCCGCACUGGGAAGAGAGUCGCAAUCAUCGGUUCAGGGCCGGCAGGUUUGGCUUGCGCAGACCAGCUUAACAAAGCUGGGCACUACGUUACCGUCUACGACCGCAACGACCGCAUGGGUGGCCUGCUGAUGUACGGUAUUCCGAACAUGAAGCUGGACAAGGCAGUCGUUCAACGCCGUCUGGAUCUCAUGGCUGCUGAGGGUGUGACGUUCGUACCCAAUGCUCAUGUCGGUGUCGACGUCGACGCCAAUGAAAUCCGUUCUCAACAUGACGCGGUUGUCGUGGCCACCGGCGCUACGUGGCCUCGUGAUCUGAGGAUCCCCGGCCGUGAGGCAGACGGUAUCCACUUUGCGAUGGAGUUCCUCCAGUUGAACACUCAAUCUCUGCUGGACAGCGAGCACCAGGAUGGCCGGUACAUCAGUGCGAGAGGCAAGGACGUCAUUGUCAUUGGUGGCGGUGAUACCGGUAAUGACUGUAUCGGAACCGCUCUCCGUCACGGUGCCAAGUCCGUCACCAACUUUGAGCUGCUGCCCAAGCCGCCGUCGUCGCGUAGCCGAGAGAACCCAUGGCCGCAGUGGCCUCGCAUCUUCCGUACCGACUACGGCCAUACCGAGGUCGCCGCGCACUUUGGCGACGACCCCCGCGAGUACUCGAUCUCGACGAAGGAUUUCGUGGUCGAUGAGAACGGGAAGCUGCAGGGCGUCAACACAGUGCGCGUUGAGUGGACGAAGGACAGCGGAGGCAAGUGGAAGAUGGAGGAGGUCAACGGGUCGGAGAAGUUCUUCCCGGCUCAGUUGAUCCUCCUGGCGCUCGGCUUCUUGGGUCCUCAGCAGGAGCUCGUCAAUGCCCUUGGAGUGAAGACUGACCCGAGGACUAACAUCCAGACUCCUCCCAAGAAAUACUCCACUAGCGUCGAGGGUGUCUUCGCUGCUGGUGAUUGCCGCCGCGGACAGUCGCUGAUCGUGUGGGGUAUCCAGGAAGGCCGUGGCGCCGCUGCGGAAGUGGACAGUUGGCUGAUGUCCGGCGUCACUCGCCUGCCUGUGGCUGGAGGUUUCAAAGCCAGGACCUACAUUCCCCCGCCUAGCAAGUUGACCAAUGGCACUGCGAUUGCGGUCGAAGCUUAGAAUCAAAAUAUUGGCUUUACGUGGAUGGGUUAGGGUUGUAUAUAGCGAUGUCCGAAUGGUGAAGUGUUGUCAAUUCUUUUCUUACCUCUCUUUCUUGAUGCAACCUUGUAAUGAUAGUCACGCCAGCUUGGAAAUUAUGUGUAGCCUCCGAUUUGUAACGUCGAUAAUGGAAUCUAUGUUACACCUUAUGUAUGGUAUGGUUCGUGAGAUCGAGCGGAUCAGGA